AUGAGCAGUGUCAGGAGUUUCCGACGCGUCCCCAAAGCUUUCCGCGUGCGUUCCCUGCAGCGUUUAAUGAGCUUUCAUGCUCCUGGCCCUUCCCCCGCUGUUGGCCCUUCUGCUGCGGAUGCUUCUGCUGAUGCUGCUGGUGCUGCUGCCUUGGAGGGCACGUGUGUGACUGCACGGGAGGAGCAAGAGGGACAUGUUGAGAUAGACGGUGCAUGCGCACCGAGCGGGCGGGUGGAGGGAGUGAGCGUAAGGCUGGGAGAGGCAGAGCUGCUGGGCGUCACUGGCAAGACGGGCAGUGGCAAGUCGUUGCUGCUGCUGGGUAUUCUGGGGGAAGUGCCUCACUCAUCGGGCGCCAUGCACCGCUCCGUGCCUUCCCUCGCCUACGCAUCGCAGCAGCCUUUCCUCAUUGAAGGCACGGUGCGAGACAACAUCCUAUUCGGUACAACGCUACACAAGGCUCUCUAUGCUAAGGUGUUGGACGCCUGUGCCCUCCGCACGGACUUGGCCCUAAUGCCACGUGGCGAUGAAUCAUUGGUGGAGGAGGGCGGCGGCAACCUCAGUGGCGGGCAAAGGGCGCGCAUGUCGCUCGCCCGGGCGGCGUAUGUUGCACUGCACUGCAAGAUGACCUUUGAGUCGACUCUAAAAGUGUUGGUGCUGAACAGCGGCAGAGCAGCGGCGUGUGGCGCAUGGAGUGACCUCUGCGCCCUGCCCUCUGCUCAACAAAACUGCGACAACCCCCCUCUGCCCUUUGCACAACUUCUGAAGCCCCUCAAAGCUUUUGAGGCACCUCAAAGCACAUGGAGUGACAUAUGCACCCUGCCCUCUGCGCAACAACACUGUGACCAUCCCCCUCCGGCACUGGGGCAACCUCUCUCUGGUGGGAGGGGUGUUUCAGACACUGGCUCUGACAGUGCCAUGUGUGCCACUGUCACUGUUUCUGGUACGGUCGUCUGUGCCCCUGUCACCACUGACACGGGUGUGGACGGCACGAUUGCUGAUUCACGGAGCUGCAAAAGCGGCACCACGGUGGUCUGCAGCAGCAAACGUGACACUGGCUCUGACAGUGCCAUGUGUGCCACUGUCACUGGCGGUGACUGUGCUGCUGCUGGCAAUGCAACUGUCACCACUAACACGGGUGUGGACGGCACCGUUGUUCAUUCACAGAGGUGCAAAACUGGCGACACAGCGGGCAGCAGCAGUGGCAGCUGUGUAGAUCGUGGCACAGGCAGCGAGAGAGACACAGAUGCGCCAACAGUCGGCACGAGGGGCUGCAGGGUGGGCAUUCAUGGGGACUCGUCGGUGAGAGGAAGCGAGGAAAGGGCAGAGGUGGAGCAGGCAGAGGCUGCGGCCCUCAUUGGGACAGGGGAUGAGGUGGAGAAGAUUCAGUUGACUAAGGACGGCAUUCAUAGAAACACGUCAUUGAGAGGAAGUGAGAAAGAGGUGCUCUUAGGGACAGAGGCUGAGGUGGAGACAGCGGAGGUGGGGAAGGGAGUGGUAGACGCAUGCAGGGAGGGGGAGCGUGUCUCACUUGAGGACCAGGCUGCUGAGGGCUCGUUGUGCAAGUCAAGAGAAGGACCAUUAGCAGCAGAGAGUUACUCCCUCUUUCGGAGGGGGGAGGGAGAGCAGGAGGAGAGUGGGUCCACAGAAGGUGAUGAGCAAGGCCUGCUGGACGUGGAAGGGUGGCAGCGCGGUGCCAUCCCCCUGUUGGUGUUUUGGGGCUACGCCAGAAAGAUCCGCGUGCUGCCUCUGCUGCUCUUUGCCGCCCUCUUCCUCGCCGCACACGUCUCCAACGCCCUCGUCAGCUGGUGA